CUGGACGUUGUGAACUUCCAGAGAGCGCACUUUUUUGAUUACCUGUCACUUUGGGAGAUUGAACAACUGGUUGCGACACGCGACUUUCUUGUAGCGUUCGUCAUUGGUCCUCCAUUGCGUGCACUCGUGGAGCUUCGUAAGAUUGAGGCUCUGCAAACACAUCAUUGUGGCCCGAGGAACGGGGCCCAGGUUGUGUACUGGACCGCCCCAAUUCUACCUCCCAAUUUGGAGCGCGGCGAUUGCCACAUCAAUCAGAAUCAGGCUCGGCUACUUUGCUUUGGAGUCAAGUUUCUCUACAGUGUCGAUACCUCGCCGCCAACCCAGUUCUACCAAUUACUUCUUAAUCUCCCGCAACAGCCGCGCUACGCCAGUUACAACCGAGUUGGCGAGAUUUACUCAUGGCUCACUGAUGCCGUUGACAGAUGCGUGGAAAUGAGCAAUUUGGAACUCCCGAUUAGGAAGGCUCUGUCGUCCUAUACUCCGGAUGAGUACAAGAAGUAUGUACGGCAGUCCCUGGUGAGGGAGGACGCCGAUAAAGGCCCCGAAGAAGCCUGGAAUUGGGCGUAUCAGUCUUUUCCGGGGUCAACCUGCAACGAUCCUCGGAUGACGAACUGUCGUCUCUUUGGCCUUUUCUUCUGGGACUCUGCUCGGCUCAACACCAUCAACUUCUUCACCCGUGUCGACGUGUGGUGGUGGAGA